CGCACGCCAGUAAAAUGGCAAAAAUGGUUUUUGAUGCUGUUUUAUUGAUUUUGAGUCUUGUAAACAUUUUCACCGAGGGUGCACCAUCGUUCGGGACGUUUGAGAUUCAAGACGCGCACGUGCGCUCAUCUGACGAGUUCUCUUCUGGUGUUUUACAUCAGCAGACAGAAGCAGCGCUCAAUGCAACAUCACACACCCGCGCUAGAUCCAAACGCUGCACGUGUUACUCUUACAGGGACGUGGAGUGUGUUUAUUACUGUCACCUGGGCAUUAUCUGGAUCAACACCCCACAGCGCACAGUUCCAUAUGGCCUGUCUACUUACCGCAGCCCUCAGCGAUUCAGACGCUCCAGUGGCACAGUAGGGUUGGUUCUUCAUCACUGCACAUGUGCAGACCACAAUGAUGCACUAUGCCACAACUUCUGUGAUUCAAGACCGCUGAACAGUGCACCAGAUAGAAGAUUGAAAUGACACUGCCUUCUCUUCAUCUUCACACCUUGAGAGAUCUGAACUCAUGAUUGAAACUAUCAAACUUGG